AUGGCUCAGUUACAAAGAGCACACGUUAUUUUAAUAUGUGGUUUUAACAUUGUAUCAUCGCCGGUGGCAGUGGUAGGUAACGCAUUGAUCAUAGCAACGAUAUGGCGAAACAGCUCCCUCAGAACGCCAUCUUACAUUUUCCUCGAUGGUAUCGCGAUAACAGACUUUUUCACAGGCUUAAUCACCCAGCCAGCCUUUAUAGCUUAUAUGUUUGGUAACCCCAGCCUCUUCGACAACAAAACACUUCGCAUCACUGCGUUAAGAAUUUUCAACACUAUUGGCCGUUAUUUUUACUCUGUAACAAUUGUUACAGCCACUGUCAUGGCAAUAGAAAGAUGGUUCUACAUGAGUCGUCGUUCGUUCAUAACAGUGCGGCGUGCUUAUUUCAUCUUUGCGACAAUUCUUCUAGCUCUCGUGCCGUUUUCGAUGUUACGCCUCUGGCUAGUCUCUCAAGAAUCCAUCCGCGACUUUUUCGAUCUUUUCACAAUGGGAUCGUUGAGUGUAAUCUGCCUUGCAAUAACUUCGUUUUCUUACUUUAAAGUUUUCUGCAUCAUCAAACGUCAACAGCUUCAGGUCGUGGCUAUAAACCAAGCCAGUCAAAACCUUGGCCAGCCCGCGGCUGUUAAUCUAACCAAGUACCGAAAAUCCGUCAGCACAAUUCUCUACAUUUUACUGCUCUUUUGGGGUACCUUCCUACCACAAGCAAUUUGUGUUUCAAUCUUGUUUUUCAGUAAUAACCGCGCUGACACGAAGAUGGCUUAUAGCAUUUUUCAUGUCGCAGCUACACUCUGCUUUCUGUCCUCUGCGCUAAACCCUCUUCUCUACAACUGCAGGUUGAAAGACAUUCGACAAGAAGUGAAACUGUUGAUAAGAAAAAUAGCUUGUAAAAACUGA